AUGAAAUCGUUCAUUGCCUUUACAGCCUUAUUGGCUGUUGCUUCAGCUCAGUUGGGUAAACCUCAAGCUGCCCCACGAGUUGCUAGCGAUGACAAAGACGCCCAAAUUCUUCGAUAUGACAAUGACAUAGGACCUGAUGGCAGCUUCGCCUACGUAGUAGAAACAAACAAUGGCAUUUCCGCUCAAGCUCAAGGUACUCCUCGUGACUUCGGUGGCAACCCCCCUAUCAUUCCCGUUGUAAUUCAGGGUGCUUUUGCUUGGAAUUCCCCUGACGGCAAGUCAGUUGCCAUCUCCUACGAAGCUGAUGAAAAUGGAUAUCGGCCAUCUGGUGAUGCUAUCCCCACACCUCCACCAAUCCCUGCUCUUAUUGCUAAGGCUAUUGACUACGUGGCUAAACUGCAGAAGAAGAAGUAA